AUGUCCUAUAGGCAGGUACUAAAUAGUUAUGAGGAAAAUCAGACAAAAUUAGCUCCAAAUCACGAAUACGAAUGGAUAAUGGGAGAACAGCAAUAUCACGAAAUACCCAAAAAUAACACUUUACUUUCUGAUAAAACAAAGAAAUUUUUGAAAACUUUAUCCACAGUUCAAAUGUAUGAGUUAUAUUUUGCUAGCGAUCUAAAAGAAUAUAUCAUAAAAUGUACAAAUUCUAACGUGUAUCAGCUAACUGCUGACAAAUUCGAAAUUUUUUUGGGAAUAAUCAUUACGACAAUAUUUAAUAAUCGUAAAUCUCAAAGAGAUUAUUGGUCUUCAAAUGAGUUGUUUCGCUGCAAUCCGAUUGCAUCUGCCAUGAGCCGCGAUAAGUUUCUGAAAAUCAAACGAAAUAUAAAAUUUAGUGAGUCGCAAGAUGAAAAUGAACCUGACAAAGUUUGGAGAGUAAGAAAUAUACUAAACAUAUUUAGAAAAAAUAUUUCACAAUUCGGGUUUUUCUUUACGGCUUUAUUCAUUGAUGAGAUGAUGGUAAAAUUCCACGGGCGAGCUCCAAUUUUACAAUUUAUGCCAAAUAAACCUGAAAGGUUUGGCAUAAAAAUGUGGAAAAUAUGCAGUCCAGAAGGAUAUUUAUUUGAUUUAGAUGUAUAUUGCGGUCAAGGAUCUAACAUUUAUUCAUCAGAUAAUAAAAUUAGUUAA